AUGUCACAAAACAAGUCCAUCAGAGACUUCUUCAGAUCACAACCGCCUGCGCCUGCGCCAAAAGCGAAGACAGAGGCACAAGCACAGGCACCUCCAACGCCCGCGCCUGCUCCGAGAUUCCCAAAAGCCGCACUUCCAGCCAAACUCCCAUCUAUCAGGCCAUCCAAAGUUACACUGCCCAGUGUUCCGGUCCAAAUACUCUCGUCGGCGCCAAAAUCAUCGGAUCAGCGAGGUUAUACUUCGAGCCUGUCUUCGCCGCCAAGCAGCAGUGAUGAGUUCGCGUCGAUGUUUCAGAAAGAUGUAACAUCACUGCCGUCUCUGGCAGCUAACAGCUUUUCCGAUCGUGUCAUCAACGACUCGGAUGAUCAAGAUUCAGAUAGUUCUCUCGAGGAUCUUUCUACACUCCUCGCGGCCAGGCGCUCAAGCUCUGCGAGCCGACCCAAGACGUCAGGUGACAGGGCAAAGACACCCCCACGAUAUCAAACGCGGACCAACAAAUUUCCUGUAUCGCCAUUAACAGUGUUGCCAAAGUACAAGUUCGACCUCAAGGCUCUCAUCGCCCACAAGGAAAGCGACGAUGCCGCUGAAGCCAGCUCCAAGAGGUUCAAGGCUAUGCUGGAGAUGAAGAAUGACGAAGAUGUUGCCAUGGAUGGGGACGCUAGGGCGAACCACAAUGCAUUGCUGGAAUCAUUUGUUGCGGAUGGAGAAGAAGGAUACGCUGAUAAGGUCAAUCGAGCCUUGAGAAGGACAGAAGCGACCGUCGCGGAUCCACGAUGGUACUUCUUCGAAACCCAGGCCGAACUUGGCAAACCCAAGCGUAAACCUUUCCCGGUGGCUUCAAUACCUGAAAGCUGGAAGAGUGUACUCAUGGAUCCUGAGGCAAGACAUCAAACCUUUCUAUCUGGCUUUGCUGAGGAUAUGGUGAGUUUGGGACAGCAGUUACCAGACGAGUUGUUCCUCUGGAUGCUGGACGAGGUGACCAUCGAGUCCAAUGCUCCGCUUCGGACCUCAUAUUUGAACCUCUUCAGGCAAUGUACUGAACAAUCACAAAGGCUACUUACACCUGAUGCGAUACAAAGGAUUUUCCGUCGGUUAGGAGGGACUGCUAGAACGACGAGUUUAAAAGAGGCUAUCAGACCCGUCCAACGGCUAGCAGAUCCCUAUCCCAGCCGCGAUUGGGCCAAGCUACUUUCAGUCAUCAAAUUUCUUGGUCAAGCUGCAGAGAUACUAAAUCAAAGUUCGAGAAAAUAUGCUAUAAGCAUGCUUCUCAGGAUGAGCCUUGACAAGAUGGUCUUUGAGAACACCGACAUCCAUGACUCAAUGCAGCAGUCCAUAGCCCGAUUAUGUUACCAUAUACCAGACGAUAUCUGGAACGCAUCAUGUUCCCAAAUAUGUAAAUCGCUCUUCACCACAACCACAGAGCCCUCCCUCCGCCUCCAAGCAAUCGACAGCAUCUCCUCCACCACACCGCGGACCCACGACCUCCGCCGCCGUCUCGCAACAUCCUUCUUCUUCAACUCGCUCUCCUACGCAAAGACGCACUCCCACACCCUCAUGUCACUAGACUCGGUCAUCGACCGCCUCGCUGACCCAGUCUUCGACACCAAGCCCUCAACCAAGUACCGCGACCUCGCCGCCCUCCUCAAUCUCCUCGACAUCGCCGUUGACGACGGCAAAUCCCUCUCCGUAGAUCUGACUAAUAAAAAAGUAGAGGAGAAGUACAAUAAAGAUGUCGAAGAGCUGAGCGCGACGAUUAACAGUAUCAUGAGCGGGAUCAACACGGGAGGGGCAUCGAAUAUCUCGCGCAUGGAAGCGAAGAGCUUGGCGGAUAAUGUUAGUAAGAGGAUCGCGGUUACAUUGCGGACGAAGAGGAAGCCGAAAGAGAAUUGGUUUGAUGGGAAGAAGGAAGAGGACUUUGAGAGGGAGAAAAAGGGUAUGGCUGGUUUCUUGGCGAAGAAUAAAGUAGUGCUGAAGGGGAGUGGAGGAGGUGGGGAGAGGAGGAGUGUUCGUGCUAGGAAUGGUUAG